CGCUUGAAAUUGUGACGUGUCCGUGACGAUUGAAAUACGUAGCAAUAAUUGUGACGUUGUGAGACAAGAAUUCUAGCUGUGCGCCAGCGCGGGUCCCUUCCUUUGGUGCCCGGGUACAGUUGACGAGCAGACGGUUCGACGGAAGGUGUUUGUGGCUGGCUUAUAUUGGGCAAGGCAGUGCGAUCCCUUCUUGCAGGUGUUGCGGUGAACAAUUGCAAUGGCUGUUUUGCGAGAUCUCGGCGUCGCUGGGGUGGUGGGGUGCGGCGAUUGGCAGCGAAAUAUCAAGCGUGGAGAGUUCGAAACGAGAUGUGUUGACUAGGAUGUGCCAGACGGUGCAGAUCCUGUCGGAGGAGUUGGUGUUGAGGAGUGGCAGCUGCCCCCCCCCCCUGCCCCGGCCAGGGGCGGAGGCACAUAGAGAAUCCGUGAGAGCGUGGAGCGUCGGAGCAAAGGAGCUAAAGGAGCGACACACGACACGGACACAGCACAGCACGGCUCGGCCAGCCCUCCCUGCGUGAUGUACGCUUGGCUAAUAAAGUUCAACUUGCACACAAGAGUUUCAUUGCUCCAACUCCCUAUCCUCAGAAAACUGUACUUUACUUACUUAAUAAAUACUAUUACUACU